AUGGCUUCAAAUGCUUGCAAAUUCAUUUGCCUCAUUAUCUUCCUCUCCUUCGUCGCCCAAGGGUAUGGGGACUGUCAUCUUAAUUAUCUAUCUGUCAAACAAUCGAAGACCGGGAAAUUGGUUCAGAAUAAACCGGAGUGGGAAGUGAGAGUGACGAACCCUUGUAAGUGCAGAUUCCAGUACACACAGUUGUCCUGUGCCGGUUUCCAAUCGGUCACACCCGUGGCAACCUCGGUCUUGUCGAAAUCUGGUAACUUGUGUCUCAUCAACGCCGGAAAAUUCAUCUUUCCACACGUAGACUUCGUUUUCACAUACGUAUGGGACACUAGCUUCGAUCUCAAGGUCAUGGACGGUGUCAUCGUUUGCCCUUAA